AGCUUUGUAAAGCACAGAGAAGUUAAGACACUCACAACCACAGAUGCUAAUGCUAAACAUCUACAGAAGCUUAUAGACCCAUGUUUGUGGUCCAACGUUACUGAAACACGAUCAACAUGGGGAUGAGUGACAUUAUGAGGCUGGAUGUGUCCUGGGCUUGGCUUGUGCUGUCGGCGGUUCUGCUUGCAGCUGCUGUCUUUUAUCUCUACACACUGAUACUCAGCCAUCUGGCCAAGACAACUGUGAGAAACAAAGUAGUGCUGAUUACAGAUUCACUCUCAACAGUUGGAAACGAAUGUGCCAAACUCUUCCACGCUGGAGGAGCCAGACUGAUCCUUUGUGGAAGCAACUGGGAAAAGCUGGAGGCUCUUGCUGAGCAGCUGACGAGUCAAUCAGAUCCAACACUUACUUUUCCACCCAAACUUGUGGAGCUGGACUUCAGUGGUAUGGAGAGCGUUCCUGAGGUGAUCUCGGAGAUCCUGGAGUGUUUCUGCUGUCUGGAUGUGCUUGUCUUCAACAGCAGCAUGAAGCUGAAGGCUCCUGUUCACAGUCUCUCUCUUCAGAUGGACAGACUGCUCAUGGACGUCAACUACUUUGGGCCGAUCACACUGGUUAAAGGUUUUCUACCAUCGCUGAUCUCCAGAAGAUCAGGUCACAUUCUUCUAGUCAACAGCAUUCAGGGGAAACUGGCGAUGCCCUUCCGCACCACAUAUGCUGCUUCCAAGCAUGCGGUUCAGGCUUUCUUUGAGUGUCUGCGGGCCGAGGUUCAGGAAUAUGGAAUAACCGUCAGCACCAUCAACCACACCUUCAUUAAAACCAGCAGCUCAAUUUCAAAGGAUGAAAUCACAGCACGAUCCAUGAAGACGGACCACAGACAGACCCCUCCUGGAGUGAGCCCUAAAGAUGUGGCCACUGAGCUCCUGAGGACUUUGAGUAGUAAAAAGAAGGAGAGUUUAAUGGCUCGCUGGGUCCCUAAAGCCGCUCUGUAUGUCAGAUCUCUGUUCCCUAACUUGUUCUUCGCCAUCAUGGCGGCAAGAGUCAGCAACACUGUAGCGGAGGAGAUGCCAGAUGACUGAAAUCCAGACACCUCACUAAAGUAUAAAACAUACACAAACAUGGUAUUGUGUUUGACUUUAUUAAUAAGAUUGCAUGAACUUAAAAUAUAUAGGAAUGAAGUAUGUUUUUAAAGGGCUGAGAACGCCCUCUCUUUCGGUUCAAGUCUACCUCAGAAUAAAAAUAAAAAAAGCAUCAUAAUGGGUGUGGAGCGCAGACCCGCACAGGUUUCAUGCACAUACACAAUCUAGGCAAGCACACACAAUCUACGCAAAAUACAUAUCGUUAAUAACGAAGUAGUCUUCUAUUUUUUAUUUGUUUGUUUGUUUACCGAUGAGUAAUUCCUCAGGAGCAUUAUCGCCACCUACUGAAUUUGACAAAUAUGGCGAUCGUGACCACCCAUGCUACUAUUGUCAUUCAUUAGGAUGUGAACAGUUUAUGGUUUCCAAUUUCAGUAAUUAGGUUGCGAUCACGAACUGAAGAGCGGGGGAGGAUGCAUACGGGUUUGCAAUCGUGAACUGAAGAGCCGGGUGGCUCCGUCGUAAUUAACAUCUGUCGUAACUAUAGUGUUUGCUGAAUUGUGUGUGCCUAAAACAUGUGUGGGUCUGCAUGUCUGCAGCUGGAUACAAUUGCACAAAAUGAAACACAAACUGUUAGGAGAUGCAUGACUUUAUAGUUUACAAAGUUAAAAUGCAAAUAAAUAAAGAGUAUUUUAAUUCUC